GAUCCUUGCCUCGUCCUGCGAUUCAAACUCAUUUUACUAGACAAUUAUCCAUCUACUGUCCAGCCAUGAAUAUUGCUCAAGCUGCUGCGAAUGUACCUCAACUCGGAAGUUUCCGUUUGCCUGACAUUCAUAACGAACCCAUGCUCAAUUAUGCUCCAGGAAGUAUUGAACGAAAGGAAUUGCAAACUGCACUUGCUGAUAUGCGCUCUCAGAUUGCUACUCACGGUCCCUUUGAAAUUCCCGUUAUUGUGAAUGAUCAAGAGAUCAAAACCAACAAUCUUACUGCUCAAAGCUCUCCGUUUGAACACAAGCUCAAACUUUGCAAUUUCCACAAUGCUGAUGUCAAGACCAUCGAUAUGGCUAUUUCUAAAGCUCUUAAAGCCAAACCUGCAUGGGAAGCCAUGCCCUUCAAUGAUCGUGCUGCUAUUUUCCUCAAGGCCGCUGAUCUGCUUUCUACUAAAUACAGAUACAAAGUCAUGGCUGCUACAAUGAUUGGUCAAGGCAAAAAUGCUUGGCAAGCCGAGAUCGAUGCUGCGGCCGAACUCGCAGAUUUUUGGCGAUUCAACUGCAAAUACGCUGCCGAUAUUUACGCCGAUCAACCCACCAAAAACUCUCCAUUGCUCUGGAAUCGUGUAGAGUAUCGUGCUCUUGAGGGUUUCGUGGUUGCCUACUCGCCAUUCAACUUCACUGCUAUUGGCGGAAAUCUUGCUUGUGCACCAGCACUCAUGGGAAAUGUUGUUUUAUGGAAACCAUCUCCCAUGUCCAUGUAUUCCAACUAUCUGGUUUAUGAGAUUUUACGUGAAGCUGGUCUUCCAGAUGGUGUCAUUCAAUUUCUUCCUGGCGACGCUGAAUUGGUUACCGAGCAAACCUUUUCUCAUCCUGAAUUUGCUGGAUUCCACUUUACUGGAAGCACUGCUGUGUUCAAAAAACUUUGGUGCAAGAUUGGCCAAAACUUGAAUCUUUACAAGUCGUAUCCCAGAAUCGUUGGUGAAACGGGUGGAAAGAAUAUGCAUUUUCUACACGAAAGUGCUGAUGUGUCCAACGCCGCGCUCCAAACCAUUCGUUCUGCUUUCGAAUACAAUGGUCAAAAAUGCAGUGCUUGCUCUAGAGUGUAUGUUCCUGAAAACAUUGCCGAGGAAUUCACUACCAUUCUCAAAAAGGAACAUGCCAAGCUCAAGAUGGGUCCUGUUGAUGAUUUUACCAACUUCACUUCUGCCGUUAUCAAUCAGCAAUCGUACAACAAGAUCAAGGGCUAUCUUGAUGAUGUCAAGAAUGGAAAGAAUCCAUCUACUGGAAUAUUACUGGGUGGAAAAACUUCGGAUGAGACUGGCUACUACAUUGAGCCUACUGUUUUAAUUACCAAGGAUCCCAAGUCGUCUACCAUGGUCAAUGAGCUUUUUGGCCCUGUUGUGACCGUGUAUGUUUAUCCCCAAGAUGAAUACCUUGAAACUCUUGAACUUGCCAACUCAUCGUCCGAAUAUGCUCUCACUGGUGCCUUGUUCGCUCAAAACCGCACUGCUUUGAUUGCAGGAUCCAAUGUUUUAAGAAAUGCUGCUGGCAACUUUUACAUCAAUGACAAAUCUACUGGAGCUGUUGUUGGUCAGCAGCCGUUUGGUGGUGGUCGCGCAUCUGGCACAAACGAUAAAGCAGGAUCCGCACUAAACUUGCUUCGUUGGGUAUCACCUCGUACCAUCAAAGAAUCGUUUGUGCCCAUCUCUUCAUGGAGUUAUCCAUCCAACUUGCCCGACAAUUGAUUUUGCAUGUACUGAUAGCGAUGUACGGUCGUCUUCAUGUCCAAAUAAACUAAACCCAUGGUUUUGUGAUGGAUUG